GGUGCCGGGUUUCUAGAGAAGCCAAUCAGCGUCGCCGCGGUCCCGGUUCUAAAGUCCCCAGUCACCCACCGAGACUCAGCUUCUCCCCAGAGGCCGAAGAUGGCGGUCAUGGCGCCCCGAACCCUCCUCCUGCUGCUCUCGGGGGCCCUGGCCCUGACCCAGACCCUGGAGGGCUCCCACUCCAUGACGUUUUUCUACACUGCGGUGUCCCGGCCCGGCCGUGGGAAGCCGAGCUUCAUCGCCGUGGGCUACGUGGACGACAUGGAGUUCGAGCGGUUCCACAGCGACGCCGCGAGUCAGAGGAUGGAUCCGCGGGCGCCGUGGUUGGAGCAGGAGGGGCCGGAGUACUGGGACCAGGAGACAGCUUGCCUCAAGGCGGACGCACGGAGUAGCGAAAUGUCCAUGAGGAUCCUGGCCGGCCACUACAACCUGAGCGACCCCAGGUCUCACACCUACCAGAGGAUAUAUGGCUGCGAAGUGGGGCCAGAUGGGCGCUUCCUCCGUGGGUAUGACAAGAGAGCCUACGACGGCAAGGAUCACAUCGCUCUGAACGAGGACCUGCGCUCCUGGACUGCAACAGUCACGGAGGCUCAGAUCAGCCAGCGCCAGUUGGAGGCGAACAAUGUGGCUGAGAGGAUGAGAGCCUACCUGGAGGACGAGUGCCCGGAGUGGCUCCGCAGACACCUGGAGGAAGGGAAGGAGACGCUGCAGCGCGCGGACUCCCCAAAGACACAUGUGACCCACCACCCCGUCUCUGACCAUGAGGCCACCCUGAGGUGCUGGGCCCUGGGCUUCUACCCUGCGGAGAUCACACUGACCUGGGAGCGGGAUGGGGAGGAGCAGACUCAGGACAUGGAGCUUGUGGAGACCAGGCCAUCAGGGGAUGGAACCUUCCAGAAGUGGGCAGCUGUGGUGGUGCCUUCUGGAGAAGAGCAGAGAUACACAUGCCAUGUGCAGCACAAGGGGCUGCUGGAGCCCCUCACCCUGAGAUGGGAGCCGUCUUCCCAGCCCACUGUCCCCAUUGUGGGCAUUGUUGCUGGCCUGGGUGUCCUAGGAGCCAUGGUCACUGGAGCUGUGGUCACUGCUGUGCUGUUGCGGAGGAAGAGCUCAGGUGGAAAAGAAGGGAGCUACUCUCAGGCUGCGUGCAGUGACAGUUCCCAGGGCUCUGAUGUGUCUCUCACGGCUUGUAAAGCCUGAGACAGCUGCCUUGUGUGGGACUGAGAUGCAGGAUUUCUUCGUGCCUCCCCUUUGUGACUUCAAGAGCCUCUGGCAUCUCUUUCUGCAAAGGCGUCUGCAUGUGUCUGCGUCCCUGUUAGCGUAAUGUGAGGAGGUGGAGAGACAGCCCACCCCGUGUCCAUCAUGACCGCUGUCCCCACGCUGACCUGUGUUCCCUCCCCAGUCAUCUUUCCUGUUCCAGAGAGGUAGGGCUGGGUGUCUCCAUCUCUGUCUCAACUUCAUGGUGCACUGAGCUACAUCCGAUUACUUCCCUACUGAAAAUAAGAAUCUGAAUAUAAAUGUGUUUUCUCAAAUAUUUUUCAUGAGAGGUUGAUGGGUUAAUUAAAUAAGUCAAUUCCUAAAAUUUGGGAGAGUAAAUAAAGACCUGGGAACCUUCCAGAA